CCAAAAAGACCGACAUAUAUGUCGCAACAGUAACCCUUCACCUUACCGGAUCGAUCUUCUUCUUGUCUUCGUUUCCAAAUCAUAGCUCAAAUAAUAUAUCCGAGGUGCUAGCAGCUAGUUGAGAGCGAAAGAUCCACAUCGAUAUGUAUCCUCUUCUUGGCAACAUGACUAGCACUCAUGAUGAAAGCUCAUCAUCACAGCCUCAUCAUCCUCACCACGACUACAACUCAUCUUAUUUUCAAGAUCACGACGGAGUAGUGCUGAGCUACUUGCUUUCGCAGCAGCUCGACACUGAUUCAUCUCAGUCUGCUGACAUCAGCGUCGCGGCUUCAAACCAAGGGCUAAUAAUGGAGGAGGAGAAGAUUCAGAGCUCGAAGAAGAAAAGAAAGGCGGCGGCGGCACCAAGGAAGAGAAGCAGUGGGAAGAAGGACCGGCACAGCAAGAUCUACACGGCUCAGGGCCCGAGAGAUCGGAGGAUGAGGCUGUCGGUUCAGAUCGCCCGCAAGUUCUUUGAUCUUCAAGACAUGCUUGGUUUCGACAAGGCCAGCAAGACCAUCGACUGGCUCUUCACAAAGUCCAGGUCUGCCAUCAACGAACUGAAGCAACAGUUAGUCUUGCGGACUUGCAGUACUAUUAACUCCCUCUCUACUUCUGCUGAGAGCAAUGAAGUUGUAUCUCAGACAAUGCAGGAUCUUAAGAGUGACUCUUCCAUCGGCAGAAUGAUCAAUCCCAGGAAGAACAUUAGAAGAUAUAGGGUUGGGAAGGGGUCGAGGGACCAGGCGAGAGCAAGGGCGAGAGAAAGAACAAGGCAGAAGCUAAGGAUCAGAUUAAGCUGCCAAGCUAAUCACGAUGAGGCAAACCCUAAGGAUCUAGGGUUGUUAUGCUUGGGGGAGGAAGCUGAGAAACACACCAAUCACGAGUUGAUUGAACAAGGUCGAACGAAUUCCAUGAUGAGGAACAAUGCUGAUGAUCACAAAACUCUCAUGGGAAGAUCAAUUAGUGCUAGAAGCAGGGCACGUUUCGAGGAUGAUGGUUGUGAAUUUCCGGGUUUUACUGGGAAUUGGGGUAACAAGAUGCAGUCUAUUCAUCCCCGCAAGAUGACAAGGAACGUGACCGAGUCAUUUACAGGUAACAACCUGCUACAAGUAGAAAACCCUAGUACACCAAUUAUGGGCUUAACCUCCAAAUAUCAAGAGCCUAGCAGUACUACUACUUCACGUCUCUCUUUCAGUAGUUCAAAUUCUCAAGAGCAGAGCUAUUCUGGUACUUAUUCGAACUCUUGCCCCAUUAAUUUCAUGCCCAACCAAGACCAUAACCCUAAUCCAAUCUUCAUUGCCACCUUAAUUUCUCCGGACCAAAACCCAGGCCAGUUCCUCAAGUUUAACUGA